CCUCUGGUCAGUACACUUCUUCCCUCUAUGCCCUUCUCCCAGCAUCCUCAAACAGCAGCUCCCGUAACCAGGUCUUGGGAGCAGGGAAGGUUCGCAAAACACUCCGGAAGCUUUUGAAGUGUGGAUUCCUUGUCACCUCUGCCAGCAGCUUGGAAAAUCCCCCCGCGAGCGAAAACGAGAGUACACACACACACACACACACACACACACAGCCACACGCACACACGCAUACGUUACCACCCUCUCUCCUACGUCCCCUCUACUCCCUUUUUUACUAUGAAGGUUUCUAGGCUCGUUUGAAAGCAGUUCUGCCUAAGAUGUUGAGGCAACAACGGCCGGGGGAUGUGCAGCUCGGGGCUUCCCCAUAUGAAUUGGUGGGCUAUAGACAGCAGUUGUCCUCGUCCUCUGCUACUGCUACUUUCCUUCCCAAGCAAGUGCACGAGAAGCUGGAACCGCCUCUGGAGCAGCUGCAGCAGGGCGUGGGAAAAAAUGUCAAGGGUGGCAGCGGCUGUGGCGAGAACGGCAGUAGCAGCGGCAAGACGGAAUUGAAGGAAGAACAGCAGCAGCUGAGGAGAAAAAUCAACAGCCGGGAGAGGAAAAGGAUGCAAGAUCUCAACCUGGCCAUGGACGCUCUGAGGGAGGUCAUAAUGCCCUAUUCUGCCGCCCAUUGCCAGAGUUCCCCAGGGAGGAAGCUCUCCAAAAUCGCCACGCUACUCCUCGCCAGAAACUACAUCCUUCUUCUGGGCAGCUCCCUGCAAGAACUGCGGCGGAUCCUGGGCGAAAUGAGUGGGCCCGGGCCGCGACUGCUUCUCGCCGGCUUGCCCCUGUUCGCCGCCCCGGGAUCGGUGCUGCUAGCCCCAGGGGGCGUGAAUCACCCGGAGACUCUACACUCCAGCAAGUACCUGUCGCUGGAGGAGCCGCCGUGUGGUCAGUUUCCUCUUCCUGGCAGCCCGGGUCUCUGCACUUGUACCAUCUGCAAGUUCCCGCAUUUAAUUCCUUCAGGCCUCGGGCUAGCUGCGGUACAGACACAGUUCUCCAAGUGAAGAGACUCCCCCCUUUCCCUCCCUAGUCUGUCACUCCGUCACCACCGCCCCACAGAUAGUUCUACCAACAUCUUUCUCAUCCCUUCUCCAAUCCCGGCUCUUCGGAGCCACCUGCAACAAGAAAAGAGCGCGAAGGUGGAAGGAGGUGUAAAAGGACUCUCUUUGCUGGGGGUAUAAAGGGAUGAGAAGGGUGGAGACUCCCUCCAAACACAGUUAUGGGGACGUGAUGAAUGAAGAAAUAGUAAAAGAUGCUUGUUUUUUUGAAUUCGGGUGGAUCUUUACCAGGUAGAUUUCCCACUUGCAAGAAGGUGGAUUAAAAUAAAGCGUGUAGCUAGAUCUCUUCUUUCUGUCUCCUUACUCUCUUGACCCUUUUCCCUCUCUAUCCCUCUCUGCUCUGCAAGUGUAGAUCUAGCCGACUAUUUCUUGUCCUUUUCCUUCCAUCACUAAAUGUCGGGAUUGUUCGUGUCUCACAAAAAAUAUGAAGCUUUUUGCUUCGAAGAAAGCAAUCCUUUCCUCAUCUCCAAUAAGCUGUUCCCGGGCAUUUAUGUUACGAGAGGGGAUGUAAAGGGGUGGGGUUUUUCCCCCUCCUUUGUGUCUACUUUUUUCUAGCUUCGGACAGACUCUCGGAAAGGAGUGUGAGUACUAGGAUCGGAAAGAGAAAUCCUUCGGGUUCGUGGAAGAUCCCUUAGUGAAGACUGAUGAAUCACAGAAUGCUACUUGUGAACACAGUGGGUUAGGCAGCGUUUGGGCUCGCUUCACCCUCUGCAGAGCUCUGGGGGUGAGCAAACUAGAUUACUACGUUCAAAAAUCCAAAUCUUGUUGGAAAUGCUGGUCCAAGACGAUGUUUACCUUCUAUUGAGGCUAGCUUGUUAUUUUUCAGGGAAUUUCGUGGGUUUUUAAGUGUAAUUUCUUUUUUGUUUGUUUUAUUUUUUCCCCCGAUUGUCGCUAUUCAUCCUUUUAGGAAUGGAAACGAAGAGCCUUCCACUUUCGCCAGUUUUUCAAGUUAGCCUAACUAGCAUUUGACUUUGGUAUAUAUCCAGAUAAUGCCCUCCCUUCAAGCAACAGUUUUCUUAGAUUACCGAAAAUAGGUACAAGCCUCCCACUGACUUAACAGGAAAAAACCAACUCGAUUAACUUUUAUUUCAUUAAAA